UAAAAAAAAAAAACAUAGACAUUCCGCUUUGCCUUCCCUUCGCUGCAACCGGUUGUGUACUCUUUUGACUCCUCUUCCCAUCGCAAUCCCACGGAGAAGGGAAGCUCAUCUCUGCUCUCUCUCUCUUUCCAUCCUGCAGAUUCUUGCUGCUUUUGAUUGGGUCCAUAUAAAGCCAAGCAGAUUCAUAGACUCUGCAGCUCAAAUAGCCUUCCCCAUGCAACUGCAGCUUCAGCCCGUGAGCUGCUGAGUGCUGACCACCGUAGUAGAGGUCAUUUCUCGAGAAAACACGAUGGAGAGCUCUCUCUUUAUUCUCAGGAUUCAGAGGCCAUUGUCAACGCUUUGGCUAUGGAUUGCUCUAGCACUUCUUCUGCAGAGUAGUAGAGGAGUGCUCUCUGAUUCCAAUUAUUUAAUUGGUCUUGGUAGCUAUGACAUCACUGGUCCAGCAGCCGAUGUCAAUAUGAUGGGGUAUGCAAAUACAGAACAGAUUGCCUCAGGCGUCCACUUCAGGCUGCGAGCACGCACAUUUAUUGUGGCAGAGCCGCAGGGAAACUGUGUGGUAUUCGUGAAUCUCGAUGCUUGCAUGGCAUCGCAACUGGUCACGAUUAAAGUGAUUGAGAGGUUGAAAGCGAGAUAUGGCGACUUGUAUACUGAAAAGAAUGUAGCUAUCAGUGGGAUUCACACCCAUGCCGGCCCUGGCGGCUAUCUCCAAUAUGUUACAUAUAUCGUGACAUCUCUUGGCUUUGUCCGACAGUCCUUCGAUGUUAUUGUAGAUGGUAUUGAGAAGAGCAUCAUACAAGCUCAUGAAAAUCUUAGGCCUGGUUCGAUUUUCGUGAACAAAGGGGAGAUCUUGGAUGCUGGUGUAAAUCGCAGUCCUAGUGCUUAUCUCAACAACCCUGCAACAGAGCGCAACAAGUAUAAGUAUGACGUUGAUAAGGAGAUGACCCUUUUGAAAUUUGUUGACAACGAAUGGGGUCCAGUGGGCAGCUUUAAUUGGUUUGCAACACACGGAACAUCAAUGAGUCGUUCAAACUCAUUGAUUAGUGGGGAUAACAAAGGGGCAGCUGCUCGAUUCAUGGAAGAUUGGUUUGGCAAGAACAUUGUUGAAAGGUCCUAUUCUGAUGAUGUUGAGGCAGAUGGGAUUCCUCGAAGAGUCUCAAAUAUUAUCCCAGACAUUCAGGAGAAUCAUCAUGAGUUGUUGGAGCUUGCUGCCUCUUUCCAAUCUCCCUCUGGUCAACCGGCAACAAAGAUUUUGAGUGUUGCAAGACGUGUAAGGAGUGCUCUCAGGCAGGCUGAGAAGCCUGCAUUUGUUUCUGCAUUUUGUCAAACAAACUGUGGAGAUGUCAGCCCUAAUGUGCUAGGGGCAUUUUGUAUAGACACUGGGUUACCCUGUGACUUCAAUCAUAGUACCUGUGGUGGCAAGAAUGAGUUAUGCUAUGGCCGUGGACCCGGUUAUCCAGAUGAAUUUGAGAGCACACGUAUUAUUGGGGAGAGGCAAUUUAAAAAAGCUGUCGAUCUCUUCAACAAAGCAUCUGAACAAUUGAAGGGCAAGGUUGACUACCGUCAAAUUUAUUUGGACUUCUCCAAUAAUGAGGUGACAAUGACCAAUCGGAGUGGAGCUUCUGAGGUGGUAAAGACUUGUCCUGCUGCAAUGGGUUUUGCAUUUGCUGCAGGAACUACUGAUGGACCGGGUGCUUUUGACUUCAAGCAAGGGGAUGACAAGGGAAAUCCCUUCUGGAGGUUGGUGCGUAACCUACUUAAAACACCAGGGCAGGAACAAGUUGAUUGCCAACACCCAAAGCCUAUAUUGCUCGAUACUGGUGAAAUGAAGCAGCCAUAUGAUUGGGCACCUUCAAUUCUUCCAAUUCAGAUCCUCAGGGUAGGGCAGCUGGUAAUUCUCAGUGUACCAGGAGAAUUCACAACUAUGGCAGGGAGACGGCUUCGUGAUGCUGUGAAGUCAGUCCUCACAAGUGGCAGUCAUGGACAGUUCGAUGACAAUGUCCAUGUUGUUAUAGCUGGGUUGACUAAUACCUACUCACAGUAUAUAACAACUUUUGAAGAGUACCAAGUGCAGAGAUAUGAGGGUGCCUCCACAUUGUAUGGUCCCUACACUCUCAACUCUUACAUUCAGGAAUUCAAGAAACUUGCAAGUGCCCUCCUGAGCGGGCAACCUGUUGAAUCAGGUCCACAGCCGCCUGAUCUCCUGAGCAAGCAGAUAAGCUUACUUACUCCUGUUGUGAUGGAUGCGACACCAGCAGGGAUGAACUUUGGAGACGUUGUAUCUGAUGUGCCCAAAAAUUCGACCUUCAAGAGGGGCAGUUUGGUUAAAGUCGUUUUCUGGUCGGCUUGUCCUCGGAACGACUUGAUGACCGAGGGCACAUUUACCCUCGUUGAGAAGCUCCAAGGGACAGAUACAUGGGUUCCGGCCUAUGAUGAUGAUGAUUUCUGCCUUAGGUUCAUAUGGUCUCGGCCUUCAAAGCUUAGUCCCCGGAGUCAGGCAACUAUAGAGUGGAGAAUUCCUGAUUAUGCAACUCCUGGGGUGUAUAGAGUGAGGCACUUUGGUGCUGCGAAGGGACUCAUGGGUUCUGUUCGCCAUUUCGCAGGAUCUUCUAGUGCAUUUGUAGUUUCUUGA